AUGGAGCCCCAGACUUCUUCCCUCUCCACUCUUGAUUUGGCUCUGCGAUGGACGCUCAACUGCCACGAACGAAGACCCAUUGACGACCUUCCCAACACGUUCCGCGACGCUAUUUCGAUUGCGCAAAGAUUUGCCGUCAGAUUUCUCUGGAUUGAUGCGCUCUGCAUCGUUCAAGAUUCUAGAGCAGAUUGGGAACGUGAGGCGACUACCAUGGGACGUGUCUACGCCAACGCAUUAUGCAACAUCGCUGCCGCCUCAUCAGAUAGCCCAGGCGGAGGUCUUUUUCGAACUAGAGACCCGGAAGAGCUUCGACCGGGUCUUGUACGUGCUGUUGUGAACUCAAAUGAGCCCCCGAAGACUUAUGCGCUACUCCAACGUGGUUGGGUAUUCCAAGAGCGGCUCCUCUGUCCCAGAGUUCUCUACUUCACGGAGGAGCAAGUCUUCUGGGAAUGUUUCGUCGAGCAAAAGUGCGAGGCUUUUCCGUAUGGAAUCCCUGGUAGUGUUUCAUCUAAAAAGCGCGACAUGUCAAACAUUAUCUACUCUACACAAGGCCAUAACGCGAUGAGCCAGCAAGGUUGCUCUAUUUCACCGCAAGGACUAAAAACGUGGAAUAAUCUGGUGCAAGAGUACUCGCGAUGCGAGUUUACCAAGACGAGUGACAAGUUGUUUGCUCUCGCUGGAUUAGCCAGUAUAUUCUGUGACUGGUCCAGAGAUGAAUACAUCGCCGGACUCUGGAAAUCAAAUCUCGCGAUACAGCUGUGCUAUUCGGUGUGGGAGACUAAGCUCAAGCAUCCAUCAGAGUAUCGUGCGCCAUCGUGGAGCUGGGCUUCGCUGGACGAACACAUACAGUUUCCCGGCUCACUAGAGAGGGCAACAGCGCACAUAUCUAUACUUGCCGCCAACUCACGGCAAAGUUUGACAAUUCGCGGACACCUCUCUCAAGCGACAUUUGAACCAAAAGCGCAGCACUUAGAUGGGAAUGUCGUCCUAAACAUCAACGGCCGGCACGUCAACGCAUGUAUUAACCCAGAUACUGUGGAUAUUAAAACCCAAGAAGUGGAGAUGCUGACUAUUUUAACUCUACUGUCGUACCCAACAGCAGAGCGAGGCGCCGAGAACCCUAUAGAGGUAGAAUGUCUUGUCCUGGAACCGGUUCUAACUACUGCAACGGAAACCUAUCGGCGGAUUGGGAUCUUGAACACAUACAUGAGAGAGGGCUUGGCAUCGCUUGGUGUUUGUAUCCAAAAAGAUAAUUCUGGAACGUUAAAGGAUGUCACCCUUUCUGAUGUCAAUCUUAUAUAA